GAUCACAAAUAGCGCCAGUGCGCAUGCGCCGUCCGCACCGUUUACUGUAUAAUCACAGUGGGGGGAAAAGAGCAGGCAACAAAACUAAACCUUUUUUUUACGGCAAAGUGACUGCUGCCAUGUAAAUAACCGCCAGGGAAACAAAGGGGGAAUAUCAACAGGCAUCCUUUUAGGUGUGAUGAGACAAAGGAACAAAGGAUGCCUUAGAAGAGAGGCAGCGAAGAACAAGGCUGGAACCUGCUUCAAAGCACACCAGAUGGAUCUAUCGCUCCACUCUCCAUCUAGAUCAUGAUACUUGGCUAAAGCUUUAAGCGUUCUCUAUGAUCCCUUCUCCAUCUAUGGCGAACUACAGCCAUGCAGGGGACCACAACAUCUUGCAGAAUGUCUCUCCGCUCGCCACUUUCCUUAAACUGACCUCCUUGGGUUUCAUCAUCGGCGUCGGCGUGGUCGGAAACCUCCUGAUCUCCAUCCUGCUGGUCAAAGACAAGAGCCUUCAUCGAGCGCCCUACUAUUUCCUGCUGGACCUCUGCGCUUCGGACAUCCUGCGCUCGGCCAUCUGCUUCCCCUUCGUGUUCACCUCCGUCAAGAAUGGCUCAGCCUGGACGUACGGCACGCUGACUUGCAAAGUGAUCGCCUUCUUGGGCGUGCUCUCCUGUUUCCACACUGCCUUCAUGCUGUUCUGCGUUAGCGUGACGCGGUACCUGGCCAUUGCCCACCACCGUUUUUACACUAAGCGGCUGACCUUCUGGACAUGCCUGGCCGUCAUAUGCAUGGUGUGGACCCUGUCGGUAGCCAUGGCGUUCCCUCCGGUGCUGGACGUUGGCACGUACUCCUUCAUCCGCGAGGAGGACCAGUGCACCUUCCAGCACCGCUCCUUCCGUGCCAAUGACUCGUUGGGCUUCAUGCUGCUCCUUGCACUCAUCCUCCUGGCCACCCAGCUUGUCUACCUCAAGCUCAUCUUUUUCGUCCAUGACCGCCGAAAGAUGAAGCCGGUCCAGUUCGUGCCCGCCGUCAGCCAGAAUUGGACCUUCCACGGCCCGGGAGCGAGCGGCCAGGCCGCGGCCAACUGGCUGGCCGGCUUCGGCCGGGGUCCCACGCCUCCGACCCUGCUGGGAAUCCGGCAGAACAGCAAUGCGGCGGGCCGCAGGCGUCUGCUGGUGCUGGACGAGUUUAAGACUGAAAAGCGGAUAAGCAGGAUGUUCUACAUCAUUACCUUCUUCUUCCUGAGCCUGUGGGGACCCUACCUGGUAGCCUGCUACUGGAGGGUAUUCGCCCGAGGCCCAGUGAUCCCGGGGGGCUACCUGACAGCGGCCGUGUGGAUGAGCUUCGCCCAAGCGGGAGUCAACCCCUUCAUCUGCAUCUUCUCCAACCGGGAGCUCCGGCGAUGCUUCAGCACCACGCUCCUCUACUGCAGAAAAUCCAGGUUACCGAGGGAACCCUACUGUGUUAUAUGAAGGUUCAGUGGCAAUUUUUGUUUUUCUGAUGCGGUUUUUGUUUGGAUGCCCUGGUUGAUCAGGGAUGUGUUCAAUUGUACAGCUCUCUCCUUCUCCUCUUCCUCUCGCUCCCUCUUCGAGGCCUGUAGUUGAACCGUCCGAAUGGAAUAAGAUGAUGAACGGACAGAGGACACGUCUCACGUUUAUGUUCUAGUAAACAACCAAUGCGAAAGGCCAUUUGAAACCCAAUACGCAAAAAAAAAAAAAAAAAAAAAAAAAUUUAAACAAAAGAAAAAAUGGAUACAUCAAAAAAAAAAAAGGACUGACCUUUGGUAUGGAUAUCUGGAAGACUCUGGAACGGGUGUAAAAGAAAUCAAACUGUUACCUUAAGGAAUCACUGGAAUUUGUGUCUAAAAAGUUGCACUAACGAGAAGACCGGAAGAUGCUUUUUUCGCUCAGUUGCAUUGCAAGGAUGUCUUGUUUUUCCCAAACUGAAAUACGAAUGCUUUAAUCUGCAACAGACUUCUCUUUCACUGUAAGUAAACAAAACAUGUGGGGUGACUAACUGUUGGAAUACACCUUCACGAGAGGAUAAAUUGGUUUAAAUGUAAGUGAUAUCUUUUUUCCUUUUAGGGUUGG